CGCCAAGCGGUCGUCGGCUCAUUACGCCGGCCUCCGGCGGCCGGCGGGGGGGGGGGCGAUCCGGGCCACGCCCGAGGAGCUCUGGGCGAGGCGCAGCUGCCGGGAAGCCCCCCACGGAAGGACGACCUGCAAGAGCCAACGACAGCUUCUCGUCCCCUUUCCCGCUCCGGCGUCGGAAGCGUCACGCUGGCCACGGCAUCCACGCGCCCCUGCUCCUCACGCCCCUCGUGGACGCGCCCGAGCGCAGUUGCCGCCAGGCCUUUGUGCCCGCGCGGCCGGGCGGCGCGCCGACCACGUUCGGGUUGCCAGCGAGCCCUGCGCGGCCUGGGCUCUGUGGCAAAAGGUCCUGUAGCCACAGCCAGCCCGGUUGCGUGAGCGGCGGAUGGCAGCCGCAGUGGCGCGGCCUCAUGGGGGAGAGAUGGGGGUGGAGGGGGAGAGGGGAGGAGAGGAGAGGGCGGGGAGCGGAACAGCAGAACCUCCGACCCGGCGCGCCGCACGCGCCCAGGGGAGCCCCGCGCGCAGCGCGCCAGGGUCGCGAGGCCACCGCGAGAGGGGGAGCACCGCCCGACGGCUUGCAGACGGAGGUCGCGAGACCACCGCGGGACGGGGGAGCAUCGCCUGGUGGCGCGCAGAGGGAGGCCAGAGAUCGUUUCAGGCGUAUGUUCUACGCCCUCCUCGACAAUGCAUCUGGCCGAUUCGGCCGCAUCCGGGGGCGAAUCGUGCGCCACCUCGCAGCCCCCAUCGGGCGCUUCUCGCCCGCCUGCCUGGGCGUGAAGGCAGGUCCUCCCGCGUCCGGCAUUUGGGGGCACUCUAUGCGACUCGAUGCGGCGCGAGCUAACAAAAAAUUGUAUUCCAUUCUGAGGGGCUGGGAGGCGGAAGAGGAACAGGCGGGGAAGCAGGGGAAAGAGCGAGAGGGUGUGCCGAUAGGGAGCGUCGGAAUUCCAUUCCAGCCAGCGCCAAACGGCCGGCUCCAGCUGGGGGGGGCGCGCGUAACAAAAACUCCACUCCGACACUUCGGCCCCGGCCGGCGCACCUGCGGCGCCGGCGCCCCCAGUCUGGCACUGCGCGCGCGCGCUUGCUCCGACGGCCAGGCGCACAGGGCUAUCGACAAGGACCGAACUGGCCACUCCAACCAGCUGCUGUUACUC